GUUCCUCCGGCAGGGGCGCUGCACCUGUAACCCUCACACCAGUACAGUAAACACACCGAUGCUCCGGUAGCAUCGUUAGUUGUUCGUUAACCCGCUGGAUUAACGUCUCCGUGGGACAUUAUAACAACUAAACUAACCGAAAGAGGAUGGACAGCUGCUGACGCUCCUCACUCUGUAUAUACAGGAACGUUCAGCUUCACCAUGUCAGCUGACAGCGAGCUCAGCACCGACACCAGUGACGACAACAAACUGGUCAGACCAAAAGUCGAGUUUCGCUCUCUGCUGCAACAUGCCGGAGCCACAAAAGAUGUUUUCACCAUGAAGGAGGUGAUGUUCUACCUGGGUCAGUACAUCAUCCAGAACCAGCUGUACGACCAGAAGCAGCAGCACAUCGUCCACUGCUCCCACGAUGCACUGGGCCGCGUGCUGGGAGUCGACAGCUUCUCCGUGAAAGAGCCACGAGUUCUGUUUGCAAUGAUCACCAAGAACCUGGUGGCUGUGAAGAGCCAAGAUUCGCCCCCGAGCGAGAACGAACCAAACAGCAACAGUCAGACAGACAGAGGGACAGAGGAGGGAGAAUCAGAAAGCCGCUCUUCAUCACCAGACAGGAGGAAGAGGAAAAGAAGGAGGAGGAGGAGAAGGAGGAGCUGCAGGAGCAAUGAACCAGGACCCUCCCACAGUGUCGAGGAUGAUGAAGACGAGGAGGAGUCAGAGGAGGAAGGGGAAGAAGAGGGGAGGAAGAGGAGGAGGUCCGACAGCUACUCCCUCACCUUUGACGACAGCUUGUCCUGGUGUGUGAUUGGUGGACUGGGAGGCAGGCGGGACAGACACAGCAGCCAAUCAUCAGACUCGCACAGCACAUCUGGGAGGUCAGAGGUCACGGUCCCAGCCUCAGACUCAGAAAGCGACAACUUCAGCGUCGAAUUCGAGGUCGAGUCGGCAGAUUCGGACGAUUACAAUGAAGACGACGCUUCUCUGUCGGCCGAUGACCAGGUGUACGAGGUCACCAUCUUUGAGGCAGAAGAAGAAGACUCCUUCGACGAAGACACAGAAAUCUCUGAAGCUGAUUACUGGCGCUGUGUGAAGUGUGACGAGUUGAACCCGCCCCUCCCUAGAAACUGCCUCCGCUGUUGGACCAUGCGACACGAUUGGCUGCCCGAGGAGUCCCUCAACGCUGCUAACUCCUCCCCCUCCAGUCCUAAAGCUCUGCCCAAAAAGCCAACCGACCAAUCAGCAGCCAAAGAACCUUCAGGUUCUGAUGUCGAGGAAAACGAAGGAGUCGAUGUUCCAGAUGGGAAACGGGCGAAAACUCCUCUUCUGUCGCAGUGUCUCUCUGACUGCACCUCCUCUGCUACCGAGUCCCAGGAACUGUUCUCCUCCUCCCAGCCCUCCUCCUCCUACUCCUCCCUGGACUCCCAGGAGCUCCUCACGUCCCUCACUUCUUCACCUGCACCUCCUCCUGGUCCCGCGGUCCCAGAGUUGGAGCGCAGCGUGUCGGAGGAGUGGCGUCUGCCCGAGUCGUGCCUCGACCCCUGCCUCAUCUGUCAGUCCCGGCCCAAGAACGGCUGCAUCGUCCACGGACGAACCGGACACCUGAUGUCCUGCUACGUCUGCGCCAGGAAGCUGAAGAAGAGGAACAAGCUGUGUCCCGUCUGCAGGCUGCCCAUCCAGUCUGUGGUCCUCACCUACAUCAGCUGAGACUCACCCUCUGUCCUCACCCACCUAUACUGUCCUCACCCUCUGUUUGUCCCCAUCUCCUUCAGCUGAGACACCCACUCUGUCCUCACCUACCUCAGCUUAGACUCAUCCUCUUUCCUCACCCACCAACUCUCUCCUCACCUCCCUCUAUGCUCUAAUCCCCCCACCCUGUCCUCACCCACCCUGUCCUCACCCACUCUGUCCUCACCCACCCUGUCCUCACCCACCCUGUCCUCACCCACCCUGUCCUCACCCUCUCUGUCCUCACCCUCUUCACAUUUAGGCCUUUGCCACUUCAGGCACUUAAAGACACGCAUGUUCAGCUCUCGUCACAGCUUGAAUCUUAUAACAUGUUCAGUAGUUAGUGAUUUGUCUUCACUUAGUCAAUUAUUCAUCAACUCUUUGUGAUGAUCGAUUGGUCGUCCUCGUCGUCCUCUGGUCCAGCUUCUCUUCAUCAUAUAUGACUGUAAACAACAUAUAUGAUCUGAGGCUUGGUGAAAUAAAACAAAAACAUCCAGAUAUGACUUCUUGGGUUUUGGUAAAUUAACACCAGAAUAAUUCCCUCUUUAAUUUCCUUUUAUAUUUUGAAUCUUUAGUUCAGUACGAUCGAACAUUACAUCCUCCACUUCUUUAAUUUAUUUAAUGAUGUAAAUGUCCGAUUUUCAGUCGCAUCAUAAAUGUUCUGAUUAGUUUAACACAUUGGAAAAUAAGACGACCUAGAACGUUAUGGUUUCUUCUAAGUUCAGGUUCCACGUCAUCAAGUUCCUUUAGUAGAAAAGAACAAGUCGACGCAUCACACGAGGAAACAAAGAUCUUAACAAAUCAUCUUCACACGUCUUGUUUUGUCUGAAUAACUUUUAAAACCCAAAGAAGAAUUUCCAUUCACCGAAUAUUUAAAUGAUUGAUUUCAUUGUUUUUAAUUUUUCAUUCAAAGAUGUCAAACACUUCCUGGUCACAGGAAGACGCUCGUCAGACAAACAGGUUUCACUUCGGCAGAUUAAUCAAAGAUAUAAAAAUCUUAUCUGCAGUAUUUAUUUGGAAAGAGGGAACUAUUGAAAGUUUGGCCUUUUUUCCUUUUUGGAACAAUUGUUAAAACAGUUCCUCACUGGAGACUAUUUUCAGAAUGUAAUGAAUUAAUAUCAUUAUUUUAUUUAUGGCAGUAGGAGGAUGUACCUACUUUUAGUUUUAGUACAUUCGUCACCAAACUCGGCUUUUUAAAAAUACACUUAAACAUCAACAUGAUUUCAUUCUCCUUCAUCUGUUUGUAUCCUGACCUCUCGUUGUCACUCUGCUCAGCUGAUCCCUCGUUGUCACUCUGCUCAGCCGAUCCCUCGUUGUCACUCUGCUCGGCCGAUCCUCGUUGUCACUCACCUCAGCUGAUUCCUCUGACGCUUCAAACAAACUCUCCCAAAUAAUCCUUCUUACACAGAAUCAGCUCUCUGUCAGGUUUGAUUCCCUGUCGAGAGGACAUCUGAUUUGUUUCUUCAACAUUUUAUUUUACUGGUCUAUAAUUCCCUGGAAAGAAUUCUGUCAUUUCUUAGAAAAUAAUAUUUAUUUACUGUCCAGUUAUUGUAAAUUUUCCUCCAGAGACAGAAAAAUUGGACAAAACAUUCUCUAGUUUACAGCUGCAUUUAUUUUUCUAUAUCAAUUAAAAUUGUAUAGUUCUUUCCGGGGAACUUAAUUGUAAAUAAUUAGGAAAUUAUUUUUUAAUAUUAUGCACCAGUGAAAUAAAUGUCAUCUUCUCAUCGAAAGUUUCCUGGAAAGACGUUUAAUAUUUUCCUGAGAGGAAAACUUCAUUUGACUUCUUCGCAGAUUCAUUACUUUAGAAUGAGAAACUUUAUUAUAUAAUAUUUUUUAUUUUGCCGCCCCGGCUGCGCACUGACUCUUCAAGCAGCUGUUAACCAUCACUGCACCAGUUCAAUCGCUCUUUCCAGGAAACUUGAAACAUGAGGAAAGAUGUGGCUCCAUUAUAAAGUGUUGAUAACAUCCUUAAUAUUUAUUUGUGUAUUUAAGAUGCUUGGAAGUUUAUUUUAACAAGACACUUUUCUAUGAGCUCUUUAAAUAAUAAGAUGAAUCUAGUGAGAUGUAUAAUUUCUGUGAACUGAAUAAAAUUUAACUUGUCUUAUCA